AGACGAUCAAGUACUUUGUCUCCUAACCUUGAUGAAAUCGGCCCAAACCAGGAACCAGGUUGUCUUGGUCUCUAUGAGUGAACUUCUAUCACUUCUGUUUCCUCUUGGCGUUUUCCUCUUGGAGUAAAAGAUCCAUGAUGUUACAGGUACAGCAGUUUAACCAAAAAAGUGAAACUUCUAUACUAUAAUUAUCACACACAAGUGAAAUAUUUGAAAACCUUUUUUGUUUAAAUCUUAUUGAGCUCACAAAAAUCCUUUAUUUUAUAACAUUAUAGAACAUUUUCAAACGCUAAUCCAAAAACAAGGAUUGAUCACACAGAAAUGACGACCUUUUGGAAAACCAGAACUUUAUACACCAGCUCUUUUUACACAAAUUACAGCAUCAGUGUGUCGUAGCAUGGAGGCGAUAAGUAGAAAUGGGCGAUAAAUUAUCGUUCACGAUAUAUUGUCAGAAAAAUCCUCCAUGAUAAAUAUUUGCCAUCUCAUGAUAAAUACGAUAAAUGCAACUUGAUGUCGUAAGUGCGAGUGACGGACUCGCAGCCAUAGCCCACACAGAGCAGAAUAACAAACAAACAUGGCCGAAGGUCAUGAAGAAGACGUUUCUGGGCAGCUUGUUACUGAACGAGGCUCCACAUGAGGGAUUUCCUUCAAGAUUGGGACUUUGAUUAGUUCAAUCAGGUCUGCCUGACAUCGGACAGUAGAUCUGCUGCUGUUCACUCUGUGUGAUAAGAGUUUUCAAUAAAUGUUGAAAAUGUUUUCACAUUUGAGACUUGUUUGAUGUCAAUAGUUUCCUCCAUAACCUGCCACUCAAACUUGUGGUUAAGUAUCUUAUUUGACUAUUCUAACUGGUGUUCUCAAGACAAAAUGAGUCAAAAAUAUAGACCGGAAUUGUAAUAUUUUUACAUUUUAGCCCAUAUUGCCCGUCCCUAGUCUCUACUUAUGAAGUCCAGGUCUAUUUGAGAGCUCCUUCAGCUCAGCUGUAUUGUCGCUCUGUUGACUCUCAUCUUUUCCUUGGGGUUACGAUCAAGUACUUGGUCUCCUCUCUUUCCCUUGGGGGUAACUCAGAGAUUCUCUGUGGGGUUCAAGUCAGACCAGUUGACUGGAUAAUCAAUCACAGUAAUACCAUGAUCAGCAGACCAGUUUCUGGCAGUUUUGGCACUGUGGGCAGGUGCUAGGUCCUGUUGGAAAAGUAAAUCUGUAUCUCCAUGAAGCUGCUCAGCAGAUGGAAGCGUGAAGGUCUCUGGGGCGGCAGUAGCCAAGGAGGUAGAGCGGUCACCUAACAACUGGAAGGUUUGCAGUUUGAAUCCCCUCUACCCCUUGUCUGUCAGUUGUGUCUUGAGGCAAGACCCUUAACCUACCUUUCUCCCAGUGUGUGUGUCCUCCGCUGGUGUACCAUUUGUAUUUACAUCGCUUUGGAUAAAAGCGUCUGCUAGAUGACAUUGUAAUCUUGUAAUCUAAAAUCUCCUGGUAGACCUCAGGCUGCGUUGACUCUGGACUUGACAAAACACAGUAGACCAACAGCAGCAGAUGACACGACACCUUAAACCAUCACAGACUGUGGAAACUUCAAGCGCCUGGACUCUGGUCACAAUUACACACCAGAUUUGGGUACUUACUAUCAGCAACCACAGUUUUGUUAGUUAUGCUGAAAUGUCCGUAUGAUGUGGAUAAGGAUGCUCCUCAGUGCUGUACGUGAAACUGCAUGUUUUUUUCUUAAUGCCUGUUUCUAUCAUCAAAGUCAACAAAAAUUCAGUCGGGUUUGAAUCAUGUUUCUCCGGGUCCAGAGGCAUGCAGGGACAUUAGCUCAGUUUCUCUGUGUAUCAAGCAUAGCUAAGCACUUACACAUAACACCAUUUGCAUGUUUGUGUACUUGCAGCCAAGCGUUUUACGUGUGUGUUUUAUUGUGCCCCACUGGCAUGGCAGCAGGGGAAUGUGUAUGUGCUGCCAACGUGCUUUUUGUUUGUAUGUAGAUGGAGAUGAGGAGGGGGGUUGGGGGGGCUUUGGGCACAGGGGAAAUAAACCAGUGCCUGGCAGGAAAACAGCCUCCUUUUUUGCCCCGAUGUUUUCCCUCUCUUCACCACCCCCACCCCAAACAGCCCCCCCCCCCCCCCUCCUCUGCCUUCAUGUCUUUGAUCCAGCUAUUGUGUGAUGUUGCUCCUCCAGCUGUGGGAGGCUGCAUCCCAACAAAACGCAAGAUUGCAGAUGUACAACAAACGCUUUAUGUGCGCAAUUAAAGAAAAGUUCAUUUAUAAGUGACUGACCUUAACCAGUGCGUGCUGCUCUAUCCGUCAUAUUAAACCUCAUUCCUCACAUUUUAAAUGUUUUACUCUUGACAGAUUUUCUAGUUUGCUGUGUGUCUAAUUGUUUACAUUGUGUGCGUGCAUUGUGGUAACUGAUGUUAUUCUUUGAUCUACAUCUAUUUAUAGGAUUCAUAGCAGCACCUGCUGAACACUCAAGCGCCCUUACAGACAGACACACAGAGGUGCAUUGUGGGGGAGGUUUGCUGGCUCGCCUUUUGACAGAAAAGAAAUUGAAUGAAACAAGGAGUGACAUGCCGCCUCUUUGCACUAAAAUGUCAUCUCUACUCAAAACAAAGAGCUUUAAAAUGACACAACCUGUGAGUGUCUGAAUAUGUAACUGGUUUCCAACUUUCCCAGUUGAAAUAACUGAAAAGGAGGAAAGCAGCAAAUAAGUGUAGUGUAACUUCAGAUUCAACAGUGUCAGGUGUGCUGGUUUGCUUUAAGGACUUCAUUUACUUGUGUAGUUACUUAGGUGAUCAUAUUCUGACUUCCCAAAAAGAGGACACGACUACGCGGGGGCGGUGUCAUGGAGUCGCACAAAGUUGAUUUUGAAAGUUUUUCAGGUCAGACUGAGUGGCACUCAAACGGUGACGAAAAUUCAGGUCAUAAUGGCCACUACUAGGAUGAACAUAUGUCCUCUUUUACCCGGGGGUGCUGUCCAGGUCUGUCCUGGUUUGUCUGAAGAAGUUUAUAAAAUUCUACAAAUGUCUGCAGUUUUGUACGUAAGUUUCGAGUUUGUCUCACGUGGAUUUACGCUAGUGCUCGUUUGUAUCGUUCUAAUUAAAUUCAGAUAUAAUGCAGAUAAAUACUCCAGAUGAUUACAAAUGGGGCCCAGUCAACGUGAAAGUAAAAAGCAUUGAUGCUACACAGACACAAGAGAACACAGCAAUAUCAUUAUAUUACCAAAUGUCAUCAAUAACUAAUAACUAUUGACUGAUAUUAAAAGCUUUUUUUGUAUAUACACCACAAAAAAAGAUGCUUCUUCAACAGAAUCCUGCCUGCUCCACCUUUAAGUAACUCCUUGUGGUGAUUGUGCGAGUAACAAAAAAAGCCCCAAAAUAAUAAAAUGAUAAAAUAAUAAAUAUAAGAUAAAAUGGCUCAUACAACUUGUUUGUUGGACAACUAAUCAGACACAAACAAGCUCGAUCCUGUUGAAGCCCCGCAGGUUUUCAUCAGGCUGCACCUGUAUAAUGGCUAAGCUGUCACCUCUAAGGACAGGAGUUAGAGGGUUGUUGUAGAAGGUGUAAAAGCAGAGGGUGGGGGUUAGAAAUGACAGAGCAGAGCGAAAUGUGCUAGGCAGGAAGAAGAGAGAGAGAGAAAGAGAGAGAGUUAGAGAGGGGAGGGAGGGAGGAGAGAGAGUGAGAUCAGGAAUCUGCUGAGUCAUCAUGACUGGUCUCAUGAUGAUCGCUCAGCAGCAGCAACAAUAGCUGCACUUUAUUGAACACACACACACACACACACAGGUCUGAGAGAUGAGCGCAGGAGCAGAGACCACACAAAGCGUCUCAUUGAGAGCUUGUGGAGAUGCUCUUUGUGGAGCCGUGCGCUCUAAGGUCUGAUCUCAUCUUUUGCACUUCCAGGCUCCCUCUUUGUUGACUUCUGAUUCACACUGUUUGUGUCCAUGCUUUUGUCUCUUGUUUCCACUUUGGGACAAACGCAUACACAACUUUCUUUUUGAUUUGGUUUGCUCUCAUUACAGUUCCUGGCAGGUGUAGGUGCACAUUUGUCACUCUGCUCUUCUUCUAAAGUGCGUUGGCAUCUUACAGUUGGUUUUCCCCUGGAGUCCUUCCCACAAACUUUACCACUUCCUCUUCUUUCACUUUUAUUUUAUUUUUAUUGGCCUAAAACCAACCAAUAACAGUUCAACAACACAAAAGUGGUGGGCACUGAGAGUACAACCAGCUAGAAACAGGAAGUGAGGGAAGCUCUAAGAAAGGUCUGUCACUUUCACUCAUACAAUGUGGCUCACACGCACGCACACGGCUGCAGGUGGAGACAGCAGUAGAUUUCCAUCAGAUGUGCCUCCUCUAGUCCAGGCAGGUAGACACAUACUUGAAAACACUAAGAUCACAUAUUUGUAUUUUAUUAUUUUGACCCUUUUAAAAACUUUUUUGUGGACGUGUUUAUUUUUUAACCGGCUCCGUGCAGAAGUUUAGUUUCAUCCAGUGAUGGUACUUUGCUCAUGAUCGCUCUUUUCCUUUCCACAGGUCUGUUCAGAAGAGCAAGGCUCUUGUGGUAUGACGACGACUAACAAAGGAAAUAAAGCCUUGAAGGUAAUAAAAUACACGCUCUCUGAAUUAUCCGUGUUUGAAAGGCUGUUUUUUUCUCACUCCUCGUCCUCCGCAUGUUCCCUCAGGUGAAGCGAGAGCCGGGGGAGAAUGGCACCAGCCUCACAGACGACGAGCUGGUCACCAUGUCAGUGCGGGAGCUGAACCAGCACCUCCGAGGGCUCUCCAAAGAGGAGAUCCUGCAGCUGAAACAGCGACGGCGCACGCUGAAGAACAGGGGCUACGCCGCCAGCUGCCGGGUGAAGCGAGUCACUCAGAAGGAGGAGCUGGAGAAGCAGAAGGCUCAGCUGCAGCAGGAGGUGGACAAACUUGCCAAUGAGAACGCCUCGAUGCGAGUCGAGCUUGACGCUCUGAGGUCUAAGUACGAGGCGUUACAAACCUUCGCCAGGACUGUGGCACGGAGCCCCACUGUUGCGGUUGGGGUCAGGGGCGGAGGGGUUGGGGGAGGGGGAGGGGUGCCAUCAACAGUUAUCGGUCCACUCAUACCCGGGAAGGUGGCGACUGCGACGAGCGUGAUCACGAUAGUGAAGUCAAAAACAGAUGCACGGUCUUGAGGGAGGGAAGGAAACCCUAAGAGUGAAGAGGUGGAGUCAUUCUUCUUCUCUGUUGCCCUAUCCUCCACCGGCACUGAACCAAACAGCUGGGCGGCCUUGAUCACAUCCCCUCAGCAUGUUCCUGUCACCCCAUGGCAGGUCAGUGCAGCUGAAGGAAAGGAUGGAAACAGAGGGAGAUCAUUGUGACGAUAAAGAUGCAAGCCUAUGGUCAGAUUAUGGUCAUUUAGCACAGGACAGAUACACACAGAUGUACACACGGUUCCAAUGAUGCGACAGUCCAGCAAAAAAGACAAGAAAUUAUGGAUAAAUAUUAUGCCAAGGGAAAAACAAGUAAUAAGGGAAUCCCGAAAAACUUUGAAACCGUUCAAUCUGCUCAGUUGCCAAGUGGUCAGCGUAAAGUGAACAGCUGAUAGAGUUAAACAUCCAAGUACAGAAACAACAAAACUGUCACAUAUUUGCACAUCAGAUCUGACCCGAGAUGUAGGACACUGAAAACACAUUGGUACUAGAAUCAGAAACAUGGUUUUCCUGUGUUAGUUAGAUACCAACCAUUGAAUUAGAUCCAAGAGUAACCCUGAUGCUUAAAAGAAAACGUGACGUUUCAUGAUGUUUUCAGCGGCUGUAAAGAAGUCCCACCAUGCUCCACCCAGCCAAGAACUUUGAGAAUAUAAUGUUAGUCAAAUAUAUGGUAUAUAAAACAACGGUGGUAACUGUAUUUUUACUGUUUUGUACUGUGUUGUCAUACACAUGAGGUCCAAAGUGUAUUCUCUGUGUGUCACUUGUGAUAUAUCAGGAAUUCUGUGAAAUUCUGUGGCGCGUGUUCGUUUUGGUAUUUGCUAUAUUUAAUUAGCUGUAUUUUUUGUAUGGUCUUCUCUAUCUUUGUCGAACUCUUUCUCUUGACUACUAUUUUCCUGUCCUUCCAUCUUUCUUUUUUUGAAUCGGUUUCUAAUUAUUACACGGAGUACUUCCUGAAUCAAACAGAGAGAGGCCGGGAAAGGCAGAUGAUAAAAACCAAAAAAAUAAAAAAAUACAAACGGAAACAACACUUGCUGCAAAGGAAAGGACGUGAAGUUACUGAAAGUCUGGAACUUUUCCAAGUUUGUAAGACUUUUCAGGGAUGUGGUUGUUUGAACAUCAGAGCUGAACUAGGAUCAACUUAUCCUCAGUCCUCUGGUUCCUGAAGGGAUGGGCAAGUGCCUUGGUCUCUUACGGAUAUGCACUGAGAGGAAGACAAGAGGACGUUGUUAAAGGACGGUGAAGACUCGGUGCAGGCUGUCUGCUCAAACCUGUGCUCAAUGAGGUACACUGACCAAUCAGGAAUCAGCUUGUAAUUGACAGCAUUUAACUCUUGCUGUGUGUUGUUGUGUGAGCUAUGUAGUUCCCAUCAAAGUCGAUCAUACUGGAAACGCCCAAAUAUGUGACUUGGAAAUUCAUGAACUCUGAGGAAAAAACAAGAAUAAGCAGAUUUUAUUAGGCAUAGACUGUAUCUGUCUGGCUGCAAACAUGCAUCAGUACACCCAUGGGAAAAUUCGGCCUCUACACAAAGUGGUUAAUGAUGCAUUUCAAUUUCCAGUCACACAUAUGGAUGUCAUUUCACUUGAGAUUUCCCAUGAAAGUAGACUUCUGUGAUGUUCUAUACUCAAAGAAUCUCUGUGUGUAUGGUAGAGUCUGGAGUUUUAUAAAGACGAUUAUCUUUGCAUUGUUUGUAAUGGACUGUAAAAAAGUAUAACAAACCUGUUUGAUAUACAGUAUCUCUCUAUUUUGCAAUUGUACCAAAAGUGGCUUAACUACUGAAUAGCUUUGUUUUUUCUCUAGUGACUAGGCACGUGUGUGUGACCGUGAACUAGUGUGUGCUGUGCCGUGUUGGUAUGUGACGAGGUAACUAUAAUGUUCACUAUUUCAUGGAUUUGACUUUGAUCCUUGUUUGAUUUCAGGCCCAAGCGGGUGAUGACACCGAGGGUAACUGCAGUCUUUCUUCACAGAAUCAUUCAUUUAUUUUUGUCUUUUAGUGCCGUAGAUCAGGUGUUCAUCCACAUUUUACGCACCCUGCUGGUUCAUUAAAAUGUAAGCUCAGUUUGGCAGAUCCAAAUUCAGAUUUUUGAGUAACUCUUGUUGGCCCUUGUAUUCUUUAAAGGUUGUUAAUUUUGAUAAAAUGACUGCUGAGAUAAGGAAGGGUCACUGUGAAACUGAAAUAUAGACCUGUAAACCUGCAUCGCCCUGUUCCUUCACCACCUUCUGUUUGUAGUGUGUAAGGUACUUUUUUUGUUUUAUACAUUUUAUAUAUUGUUAAGUGUAAAUGAUUUUAUUCCUGUUUUUUUUAAACUGUUUUUAUGUGUCAGGGAAGUGAAGCAAUUUGUAAAUGUUCUUGGUCUUCAUGGAGUGAAAAAAUAUAUUCUGCUAUCUAAUAGUUUGUCUGUAACCUUCUAAAAUAGAAUCGCCUCAAAGUGUUUUCACAUAACGAUACGUGGUUGUCCAUUUGAGUUCUUUGUCGAGAUGGAAGUAAUUUACAUUGAUUAACAGCUCAUUCAUUCAUACAUACAUGCAGCCUUUAAUGUGAACUGCUACUUUUCCACUGUGAUGAGAGAGGAGUCAGCUAACUUACUGCUGUGCAGUUAUUAUCAUCAAUGAAGUGUGUCUCCAUAUAACCUGCAUAAUUAUAGCUUCAAUUCCGAGUAGUUAAACAGUGAGCAAAAACAUAGAAAGAGGAAGGGGCUGAAAAGUUUGUCCGAUUAUUUUGUCGUGCACAUUUAUCAAAGAUGAAAUCUACGGAAGAGGAUUAGGGCCACUGACAAAAAAAAAAAAAAGUCUGAUAUAAUUUUUUAAAAAUUAUUAUUCUGAGAAAAAAAGUCAAAUUUCUGACUAUUUUCUUAGAAUAAUAAUUUAAAAAUUAUAUCAGACCUUUUUUUUUUUUUUUCCAGUGGCCCUAAUCCUCUUCCAUAGCAACCAGAGAUACUGAACUGUCAAGGGAAAAUAUCUGAUUCAUUUCAAAGAGAGUAAUCCAGAUUUUAAACCCAUUUUAUUUGGGUGCUCUUUACAAAAUGUUAUAUACAUACAUGACUUUUUGUUUUUUCUUUGGACGUUUUUAUGUUCUUUUCUUUCGAUCACUACUACUGUGAGUCUUUACUUUUUUGUGAAUGGUAUUUCACCAGUCAAGGUCUCGUGCCGUGUCGUUCUGUGUGAGUGAUAUAAAAUAGGAAGAAACUUUUGCCGGGACGAGGUUGUGUCAAGUUGAAUUUCUUGGUGCUCCCACAUUGUGCUGAACUACUCCCACUGAAACUCAUAGUUUGAACCUGAAUGUGUCAUCUCCUGAGUGAAAGAUGCUUUUAGAUGUUCUGUUAACUGUUUAGGCAAAAAUUAGAGCCACACAGGAAUGCUGAAGCUGUCACAGUGGUCGUGUUGAGCUGUGUGUGAAGAACUACUGGUACAAUGUUCAGUGAUGGAGUUUAAAAGUAUGUGUGCACUGUCUAGAGAGGUUUGUUUAUGCUUGUGUAAUUUGUGUUGUAGCUGUAUUAGAAUUACUAACACAAAUGUUUUGAUUGUUUUUAUCUUUUUAGUUGCUAAAAAAAAAUCUGACUGCAAAAACAUUUAGUCAAAAUGAGGAAUAUAUAUGAUGUCUGUCUUCCAGACUUGAGUUGUGGUUUCACUUUGCCCUGGGUGUAACGUUUCUAAACAAAUGAGGUGAGAUAAAAACUUCCACCUGAUUUUCACUUAGCAGACAUGAUCAGCUGACAACAGUGACCUUUCCUGAUUAUCAGACAGGACGGUCUGCUUGCUUGUAAGACAUGCUGACCUUAUUUUCCAGCUGCCUUUACAGGGGUCAUACCCUCCUUAUCAAAAGGCUUUUCAUCGCAAAUCCAAGCAACCGCUCCUAAACCACAUCUAUAAAUAUUUUACAGAGGCAGAGAGGAGUGGUGGAAACACAUCUGAUAAAACCUCGUCUCACUCCACUUAUCCCGGCCCCUUUUUACAAAGUGUUGUGGAGUUAACUCAGCAGGCAGCCAAGCCCUUCUUAAAAAACACCCGAAUCUUCUGGAAGAUGCAAAUCAUUAACUCCUUAUCUGACUGCUUGGCCAAUCAGUGUGAGGUUCUUCGGUUGUUUUCCUGUCCACUGAAUCACGCCACCGCACUCUAAAAGCCCUUUCACCCACCUCAAACCCCAAUCGAUGAGAGUAAAUGAACCGAGGAUUCCUUUGAUCAUUUGUUUGGGGAUUUCAUCAAUAAUAAUGUUUGUUUUUCCUCUCAAGUCCCCCCCUCUGCUGCUCUCUCUCACUCUCUCUGUUUCCCCUGUUUGUAUCCGGUGUAUAGCCUCAAACAAAGAGGCUUUUAGGUGUCACACCACAUUAACUUGUUGUAUGUUCCACCUUCUGUCUAAUCUUAAUCCUAUAGUUUUUUUUGUUUUUUUUCCUUUAAACCACUUGUGUACUGGUGAGCACUUGUCUAAGUUGGACUUUUGCAUCUCUAAAAGUGAAAAAUGGUCAGUUUGAAGACAUACAAUAGUAGUGAGUUUGUGUGAAGAUGGCACAGCCUAUUCAGACAAGCCCGUAGAAAAUUCUGUGUUUUGUAAUAUUUCUGUAUGGGGUGUAAUAAAUUAUUCUAUGACAGUACUUUCUAUGGGAAAAUACUUAAAAUGUGACA